AUGUAUGGUUACAGAGGUAGUCUUAUGGUACACCAAGCCGGUCUCAAGAUUAAUGAUCGCAAGUUUCUUCGGUUUAUUGCUACCGCCGAUCGCCAACCUCUGGCUCCCCAGCACCAUGGUCUUAACACUGAACUCGAGUUUGAGCUUGAGCAAGCAUUGCUUGGUUUCCAGAGACCAAACUCGCACUGUGGAGAGCUCCUCUAA